AUGGAGCAGGACCUAGCCUUCCUGCUUCCCCUUCUCAUGGGGCUCCUCCAGCAAGGCCGCGGUGGGCCCCUGGAGGUAGAGCCCAGGGAGCCGGUGGUGGCCGUGGCCUUGGGCGGGUCGCAGCAGUUCACCUGCCGCCUGCCCUGCGCGGGCCCCAGGGCCGCCUCGGUGCAGUGGCGGGGCCUAGACACUAGCCUGGGUGCAGUGCAGUCGGGCGCCGGCAGCAGCGUCCUCUCCGUGCACAAUGCCUCGCUGUCGGCUUCGGGGACCCGCGUGUGUGUGGGCUCCUGCGGGAACCUCACCUUCCAGCACACCGUGCAAGUCCUGGUGUUCGCCUUCCCGAACCAGCUGACUGUCUCCCCAGUGACCCUGGUGGCCGGGCGAGACCAAGAGUUGGCCUGCACGGCCCACAACAUCACUCCUGUCAGCCCUGAUGCCCUCUCCUUGUCCCUGCUCCUGGGGGAUCAGGAACUGGAGGGGGUGCAGGUCCUGAGCCGGGAUGAGGAAGAGGAGCCCCAGGAGGGCGAGGACCUGCUUUUCCGGGUGACAGAGCGCUGGCUGCUGCCGUCUCUAGGGACACUUGCCCCACCCACCCUCCACUGCCAGGCGACCAUGAGGCUGCCAGGCUUGGAGCUGAGCCACCGCCACCCCAUUCCAGUCCUGCACAGCCUGACCUCCCCGGAGCCCCCCAUCACAACCUCUCCUGAGGCCACCCUGGAGCAGGACUCCACCGACAGUCCUGGGAGUCCUGGCCCCAAGCCUGGGAACAGCUCCAUCAAGCCCUGCCGCCCUGAGAUCCACCAGUCACCAGCACCAGGGGGUCUGGAGCUGCUGUGUGAAGCAGCCUGUGGCCCUGAUAUAGCUGUGCAUUGGACCCGGGCACCCGGCGAUCUGGCAACUUACAAGAUGUGGGAAGACGGGGCCCGGGCUUGGCUGAGCGUGCUGUGGGCUGGAUGCAACCCCGAGGGCUGGUUUCAGUGUCGCUUGGAACCAGGGGGCCAGACGGCCAGUCUGUACCUACUCCCAGAAAUCUGCUCCCCACCAGUGUCCGAAGCCCUGUGGAUUGGCAGCUUGGUGCUGGGGCUGCUCCUCCUGACGUUCCUCACCUAUCGCCUGUGGAAACGCUGCCAGUCCACCAGCUGA